AUGAUACUUAUUGGUUCAUGUUUUGGAUUUUUUUUCGCUGUUACACCUGCAGUCCCUUUCAUGCUUUUAAAUCGACGAAUUUAUUUGCGUUGGUGUUCUUUUGUUAUGGGUUAUCAUCUUCUAAUGAUUACUUGUCUUCUGGAAGAUUUACUUAAUAUUAAAACAGUUAUUACUGGUGAUGAUUUAACGAAUAAUAAAAAACGUUCAUUAAUUAUUUUAAAUCAUCGAACAAGACUUGAUUGGAUGUUUGUAUGGAUGUUACAUAGUCGAUAUAAAAUUCUUAAUCAACUUAAAAUUGUUUUGAAAGCUUCACUUAAACAUAUACCUUGUCUAGGUUGGGGUUGUCAACAUGCUGGUUUUCUUUUUCUUGAACGUGUUUGGACAAAAGAUCAACAUACAAUGAAAAGUAUAAUUAGUUAUUAUAAAUCAUGUCAAACACCAAUUUCGUUAUUAAUCUUUCCCGAAGGAACAAAUUUAGAUGAUAAUACAAAAAGAAAAAGUAAUGAUUACGCUUCGAAACAAACAACAUACAAUAGACCAUACGAUUAUUGUCUCCAUCCACGUACCACAGGAUUUGCGUAUUUACUUAAUACAAUGCGAGCAGAUAAUAUGAUUGAUAAUGUUGAUGAUGUAACAAUUGCUUAUGAAGGAAAUUUUCCAGUAACAGAACUUGAUCUAUUAAAAGGUGUUGUACCAAAAGUAGUUCAUUUUCAUGUUAAACGUUAUCCUAUAAAUGAUUUACCGCAAGAAGAUGAAAAAAUUGGUCAGUGGUUACAAGAUUGUUGGAAUGAAAAAGAAAAUCGAUUAAAAGAAUUUUAUACUAAAAAUCAAUUUGAUUCACCAUCAAAAAGAUUUAAUAAUCAAGAAAUUGAAUCAUAUGUACGAUUUCAACGUCGUCUAGCACUUAUUCUAUGGAUUUUAUUUAUUCUAUUUUGGUCAUACUGUCUUAUUGCUUAUAUUAAAAUAAAAUUAUAUGUUUUAAUUGUUUGUUUAUUUCAUUGGGUAAUCGAAGCUUUUGCUAAUGGUAUUAUUGAUUUUGUUUGUCAACUGGAUGAAAAUUAUCGACAAACACAACGAACUAUCAAACGAAAUUAA